GUGAAAGUGAUUCAAUGAUUCAAUGUUUCCACAAUCAACCUGUUUUAUGUUAUAUUGUUUGUAAAUUAUUAUGAGAUGAAUGUAUCUUCGUUGAUAUCAGGAAAAUAUUUAUAAGAAAACUUUGAAAAUAUAAAAGAUAAAAUAUAUUUUUAUUAAUAAUAAAUUUCUACUAAAAACUUCGUUAUCGACAGAAGAGAAUAUCCACUAGAUAAAUACAGCAAUGAUGAAUAGAUGGCACUCUAAGUCAAUAGAAACAGUACUAGAAUGUUAUGCUGAUCAUUGAUCACUUAUUGGUUAUAAAAUUGGUUAAAUUGAUAAAUGUCAGAAAAAAAUGAUAGUGAUAGUGUAUAAAGUGUUUUUUAAUAAUGUAAUUGGAUUAUAAGAUUAUAUAUUUCUUACUUACGCGGUAGAAUAAUAUUUAUUUUGAUCUCUGCCUUAUAAUUUCAUGACUAUGUUUCGAUUAAAGAUUAUAAAAAGUGCAGGUACAGCACUUUUAAAAUUAAAUAUUAAGGAAAACAGAGUUUUGAAAGAAUACACAAAUAAUCCAAAGGUGAAUAAUGGAACGGUAGGAACACAGGAGAUUUCUAAACUACAGAAUGCUACAGAUUUUGAGACAGAGAUAAACCAAGCAUCUGUAUUUAAUAAUAAUAUUGAUAAUGUGCAUAAACAAACCCAAAAUAAAGAAACUGUAAGUGAAUUAGAAGUUGCAAAUAAGAUUAGAGUAACAAGAAACAUAAAAUCAUAUCCUAUUUUUGGUGAUGAAACAACAGAAAAUUAUGAGAUGCAAUGUUUAGAAAGUAGUGAAAAUUUUAAAAUUCCAAAUGUAACGUACAUUCUCAAUGAAACCAUGCCUGCUAAAGUAAAAACUGCUUUAGAUACAUGGAAGAAAAAUAUGAUUGAUACAUAUGGAGAAGAAUAUUUUAAGACGUAUUGUAAAGAUAUAUUAAACGAUAAUAAAUUAUUUCAUUCUUGUAUGCAAAAUGUGUUAUCAUGUAAAGAAAUUGAAAUUCCACCUUCUGUCAAAUCAGCAUAUUUGAGUGUGUACCCAGUAUUAUGUGAUAUACAAAAUAUUCAUGCGAUUGAAAUAGAUGUGACACAUCCAACAUUGCAAUAUAAAGGCAUUAUAAACUGUAUUGCUUCUUAUAGGGAUCACACGUAUGUAAUUGGUUGGAAGAAAUCAGCACAUCGAAAAACAUCACUUGCAGCAAGUUUUGAUACCCCAAUAGAAAUUGCUGCCUAUGUUGGAGCUAUAAAUGCUUUCAACAAAUACUCAUUUAAGAUAAAUAGAGGUUUGAUUAUUAUUGCUUAUACAAAAGGUGAAAUUGCAACUAUCCAUGAAUUGAAGGAUGAUGCUUUACAAAUAGCUUGGGAAGAAUGGUUGAAUCGAUUGGAACAGUUUUAUACAAAGUAUGAUAAAAUUAAUCUAAAUACUUAAUUUAUUAUUGAAAAUUUAUAAUAUAAAAGUCUACAUUAUUUUAUUUUUGUACGAAUAAAAUACUAUUGUUUAGAUAUUUCUAAUUUAAAGACGUUAAGAAAGAAAGAGUGUGAAGAAAAGAAAAUGUGACUGAUUAAAUAUCCUAUGUACAUAUAUAUGUAUUAUUAAAAAAUAAAACAAGUCCAACAGUUUAUGUUAAU